GUUUCGACUUUGACUGUGCUCUCUCUCUCUCUCUAUCUCUCUCUACGAUACUCUCUCUCUCUGCCAUUUCUUUUUCUCUGCAACGCCUUUUGGGUCUUCUCGUGUGUUCGAUCUGAGUAUCAAUCUCUGGUGGAUAAGCUAUUCGAGGUCUUACUUGAUAAUUGGCUGUGCUUGGACUUUGCAUAGUUGAAAUCAAAAGUGGUAGUUGUGGCGAUCAAAUUACAGAGAAGAACAGCAUGCGGUGGUACAGUCUUUCUAUUGACGUGUUCCGAAAAGUCAUCUCUCUGAACCUUUAUUGUCGUGUGAUUCUGUAAAUCCCUCUAUCAGAUCACAAUCCUCCAUUUCCUUUCCCUUCCCUUCCAUACAUUUCUUUCCUUUCCUUCCAUGGGAUCUAAUCUCUUUGUAGUCAUUCCCUGCUACGUCCGCAGGAUCAGCUGAACUUUCUGUUCCACAAAAUUUACUCAUUUCAUUCUCCACAUUGAUUCAGAUACAUCGUUGAUCAUUUUCUCUCCAUAUCUGUCUUCUGUUUGAGUUUUGGUUGAAGGGUGUUUGGUUAUUUGAUUGCUGCUUGAUACGUCUUUGAUCAUUUUCUCUCAAUAUCUGUCAUCUGCUUGAGUUUCGGUUGAAGGGUGUUUGGUACUUUUGAUUGUUGCUUGAUCGAAGUUAACGCGAUCUUUGUGUUAAUUAAAAAGGGUUGGGAAGUAGUAGUUAUGGUGUGCCAAGCAGCUAGCCAAACAAGAUUUCGGGCACUGAAACAUGAGAAUGGGAUUGCCGGGAACGCCACCAUUAUAGUUAGAGUAAUAGCAUGCUUUCAACAACUUCAAGAUUGUCAGGCCGAAUAUUUCCGUCAUUUGCUUAAACCGGUUACGUAGUUUGUUUUUCCCCGAUUUGCAUUCAAGUUAAGCUGGAGUUUUUAGUUUUUUCCAUUGUUCCUGUAAGAUACAAGAAGUGAUCAGCAAUCCCUCAUACUGCAUAUAUCAUUCUUCUGGUGAUUGUUUUGGUUGGAUGGAAAAGGACUUGGGGUCCUGGUUUCAACACCCGCAUUCUGAUUGGCAAUCACCCAAUUUGAAUUCCCUGCGGUCUCCAUUGGACCUGGGGCAACAAAACACCAUCCCGCCUUGCAUGAGGCCCGGCACUAAUAUGAUUUCUACAAAUGGGAUGUUGCCUGCGUUUCCAUUUUCUGGGAUGCCACAUUUUAAGGCGAGCCACCCAAAUGAACCUCAUGGUUGGUUUUAUUGUUUACCUCGUUAUCGUCAGGCAUCCACUGCUAUGUCGAACUCCGUUUUCAAAGAGAAAGUAAUUGCUGAUCCUUAUGAGAAUGGCAGGGAGGUUGUCACACCCAAUCCAGCUACUGGAUGUGCUCAGAAGAAGUUUCUUGUGUUUGAUCAGUCCGGUGAUCAAACCACCUUGAUUUUUAGUUCUGGGAUUGGGACUCCUCCUGUUCAGCGUAUGACUUCUUGGAUGCCCAAACCUCCUGGUGCUUACGAUCUGAAUAGGGAAGAACCAGGAAUCAAGAUGGAUAAAAUUCAUCAAUCUGGUCCAAUUUUGACUGAUGAGCAUAAUGAAAAUCACAGGGAUGAUAGUGAGAGUGAGAUGCAUGAAGACACAGAAGAACUCAAUGCCUUGCUUUACUCUGAUGAUAAUACCAGUUAUUCUGAGGAUGAUGAAGAAACAAGCACGGGUCACUCUCCAAGUACAGUGACAGCUUAUGAUAAGCACGAAUGGCUUGAGAAAAAUGCAGAAGAAGUUGUUAGUUCUGCUGAGUCGACCAAACGACAGAAACUGUCCGAUAUAGGUUAUGUUGUACCAUCAUUCGUGAAAAUGCCAAGCUCUGAGGAACCCAAUAAAUGCUUUGAGUAUGAGGCUGAUGCAGAAUCUAGUUGUGCUGUUGAAAAGAAUCAAGAGUUAGGGGAAUUUGGUUCCUCAUUGGGCAACAAGAUGUCGAGGAAGGAGAAAAUACGCGAGACUGUUAGCAUUCUCCGGAGUAUAAUUCCUGGCGGGAAGGGCAAGGAUGCAAUUGUGGUUCUUGAUGAAGCUAUCCAUUACUUGAGAUCAUUGAAGCGCAAAGCCAAGGAAUUAGGAGUCAAUACUCUCUGAGACGAAACGAUAGCAUUCAUGAGAAUAGUAGUACUAAUGCUUCAUUAGAAGUUGUUAAUUUGUGUGCACAAUAAGUUGGAAAACAUUAGUUGGAGAGGACAGUUUCUGCUGAAUCUGAUUUUCCCGACAUAAGAAAUGAAAACCGGAUGUUCUGGAAAGGAAGCUUGAAACACUCAUGAAGUCUUUCUUCAGCGAGGGUGUUGGAAUUGGUAGCUUUGGCCGGUGAAACAUCUCUCUCUCUCUCUCUCUCUCUCUCUAUAUAUAUAUAUAUAUACAUGCAUAAAGAGCAGUAUAUCAUACCCCAAUAAAAGAGUGGUGAAUCAUUAGUUGAUGCCUUGGGGUUCAAACAAAGUGACAUUCACUAUUUUGCGCAUGAGGGUAGUGGUGUGGAUUGCAAAGUCUGGUUAUCCCAGCUGGCUCCAGAAAGGGAAGAGUGCAGGCUUGGUGGGUGAAUUAGGCCCCAACUCUUCACUUUUUCUACCAUCUUCGUGAUCUCGUCACAUAGUAUCCAUUGUGGGGUUUUCCUUUCUUAGGAAAUUGCACGAGGGAGACGUGUUCUCAGUUCAUCACAUACUUCUUUUCUGCUAUGGGGCCUCGAUAGAGCACUACAUGCAUGCAUGCAUCCAUCCAUCGAUCAACUUCAAUUUCCUGUGUGUGGCUGUGAGCAAGAGAUGCUAUCAAUGUGACGACCAUCAUUGUCGAUACGGUGGAACUGGUUGUUUCCCCUUGGUGGUUUUGUAAUUGGACCAAUGAAAUGCAGAUCAUGAGGUUAUGUCGUGCUUGCUUCUAUCAUGGGGUUUAUGUCUCUCUUGUUACUAGAAAUGACAUUUUUAGAGGCUUUGGUGGUUAGUGAUGGUACGUUGGUGUGAUGUCUUGUAACUUGUUUGGUGGUGUCUGUUGUGUGUAUGCCUAUGUGCGUUUGUAGCACGUGUGUAUUUAUGCAUAAUUUGUGUUUGCAAUGCUCUUAGAAAUGAUGCAAAUCUUAUCAACUUCUUUUCCUA